AUGCCGCCGCUGCUCACCCUCUCCACCUCGCCGGCGCUGCCGCCCCCGGCGCCACGGAGGGCCCGGUUCAGGGUCGCGGCCUCCGCCGACGUCGGCGCCACCGGCCGAGCCGCCGCCGCCAACGACUUCCCGCCGUUCCUGCCCAGGGCGGUCGAGCGCAUCCGCGACGGCGCCGCCCUCCGCCUCACCAAGCGAAUCGAGCGCGUGCCCGUCCAGACCGGCUUCUCCAAGAGCCCGAUACCGAGCAGCUGCGUGAGGCCACUCAAGCAGCAGCAGAGCGCCGAUCCGGUCGUGCUGCUCCACGGCUUCGACAGUUCUUGUUUAGAGUGGAGGUAUACCUACCCUUUGCUGGAGGAUGCUGGGUUGGAGACUUGGGCUGUGGACAUUCUUGGAUGGGGCUUCUCUAAUUUAGAAACAAGGCCACCCUGUGAUAUUGUGUCUAAGCGCGAGCAUCUUUAUCAGUUCUGGAGAUCCUACAUCAAAAGGCCUAUGGUACUAGUUGGGCCUAGCCUGGGUGCUGCUGUUGCCAUUGAUUUCGCAGUCAACUAUCCGGAAGCGGUAUCAAAAUUAAUCUUCAUUGGUGCAAGUGUAUAUGCGGAGGGCACAAAAGAUAUGACCAGAAUGCCUAAAUUUGUUCCAUAUGCUGGGGUUUUUGUACUGAAGAGUCUUCCUCUACGACUAUUCGCUACACGCUUGGCAUUUUAUAAUAUUCCAGAUGGAUUCUUUGAUUGGGUGCAGAUUGGCCGUCUACACUGCCUGCUUCCUUGGUGGGAAGAUGCUACGGUUAAUUUUAUGAUUACUGGAGGUUAUAAUGUCAUAAACCAAAUAAAGCAGGUAAAGCAAAAAUGCCUGGUCUUAUGGGGAGAGGAUGAUGGAAUUAUUAGUAAUAAGCAAGCAUAUCGGUUACAGCAGGAACUCCCAAGCGCAAUUUUAAGGCAGGUAGGGCAGUGCGGCCACAUUCCUCAUGUCGAGAAGCCAAGGGAGGCUGCAAAGCAUGUGCUCGACUUUCUCGGGGGCGAUGGUGUGGACAAGGCGGACCAGGUUUCUUCCCUGUCAUCAGCUCUGGUAUCAACAUGA